UAAACAACAAUUUCAAAACUGCGGAUAUCUCUUACUUCUUUAUGUAAAACAGUCUUCUCCUAGCUUCUCUAUAAAAAUAAAACACCUCUUCUCCUCCCGUUCAUCCUAUCGAAAUCGGUGAAGAACAAGUUUGGGUCGGUAUUGACGUCAAGAUGAAAAUGAAAUUGGGGAGAACAUUACUACUUUUUCUUUGUUUCAAAGUCUUCUGUUACGCAGUGGUUGCUACUCCUCAGACUUGUCCUGCUAGCAAUGUGGAUCAAUGCGGCGAUUCAGAUGGAUGGGAAGGGGAGUUUUUCCCUGAAAUUGCAAAGAUUAAAUACGAGGGUCCGUCCAGUAAGAAUCCACUUUCUUUUAAAUGGUAUAAUCCGGAGGAGGAAAUUCAUGGAAAGAAAAUGAAGGAUUGGUUCAGAUUUAGUGUUGCAUUUUGGCAUACAUUCCGUGGAACAGGUGCUGAUCCAUUUGGCGCACCUACUAAGUAUUGGCCAUGGGAGGAUGGUACCAACUCAUUAAACAUGGCCAAAAGAAGAAUGAGAGCUAACUUUGAGUUCAUAAGCAAGCUUGGUGUCGAUUUUUGGUGCUUCCACGACAGGGAUAUUGCCCCUGAUGGAAAAACUCUUGAUGAAUCUAAUGCAAACUUGGAUGAAGUGGUUGCCCUAGCUCAAGAGCUCCAGACCAAGGCUAAAAAAAGAGUAUUAUGGGGAACAGCUCAGUUGUUCAUGCAUCCUCGUUACAUGCAUGGUGCUGCUACUAGCUCUGAAUUAGGGGUCUAUGCAUAUGCUGCUGCUCAAGUGAAGAAAGCCAUGGAGGUGACUCAUUAUUUGGGAGGAGAAAAUUAUGUUUUCUGGGGUGGUCGUGAGGGUUAUCAAUCUCUUUUGAACACAGAUAUGGAGCGAGAGCUUAAUCAUAUGGCUAGGUUUUUUGAAGCUGCGGUAGCACACAAAAAGAAGAUUGGAUUCAAUGGGACAUUGCUAAUUGAGCCUAAGCCACAAGAACCUACGAAACACCAGUAUGAUUGGGAUGCUGCAACCUCAGCAAAUUUCUUGCGAAAAUAUGGACUUGAAGGCGAAUUCAAACUCAACAUAGAGUGCAACCAUGCCACCCUCUCUGGCCACAGUUGUCAUCAUGAACUCGAAACUGCAAGGAUUAACGGAUUGCUGGGUAAUAUUGAUGCUAACACCGGCGAUCCUCAAGUUGGCUGGGACACUGAUCAGUUUCUGGUAGAUAUUCAAGAGGCAACGCUGAUUAUGCUCAGUGUGAUCAGAAAUGGAGGACUUUCACCAGGUGGAUUCAACUUCGAUGCGAAAUUGCGGAGAGAGAGCACGGAUGUUGAAGACUUGUUCAUAGCCCACAUUGUUGGAAUGGAUACCCUGGCCCGUGGACUGAGAAAUGCUGUCAAGCUAAUUGAGGAUGGUUCUCUGUCUGAGCUUGUCCGUAAACGAUACCAGAGUUUUGACACUGAAAUUGGGGCUCAAAUAGAGGCUGGUAAAGCUGACUUUGAAUAUCUGGAGAAGAAAGUCAAGGAAUGGGGAGAACCAAAGGUUGCUUCUGCGAAACAGGAGCUAGCCGAGAUGAUCUUCCAAUCUGCUUUGUAGAAAUAUGAAUCUAGACUUAUAUAGCGACUUUUUUCGUUUUAUUAUAUUAGGAACAGUUCAAUAUGUUAGGUUCACAGUUCAAUAUGUUAAGUUUACGAAUAAAAGGAAAUUCAGACUGGCUUAUAUUUUAUUUAUUAUGUAAAACGUACACAUUUUACUAUAUAUAUAUAUAUAAAACGUACACAUUUUUACUUUC